UUUGCUGUGCCCCCGCCCCUAGCCAGCCAGCCAACCCAGCCUUGCUCCCCUCCCUGGAGCCAGACCCAGCUGGAUUGGGGGGGCCUGUGAACAGCCCCCUCAGCAAGGCAGAUCCCCAGCCCUGGGAGGAGAUGGGUGCGUGGUGCUGGGGGAGGAGCACGAGGGCCACAUCAUCUAACAGGUUGGUCAGGCUGGGAGGAGUCCCGCCCUCCUGGAGCUAAUGAGCACUGUACGACAGGUGUUUGCUCCUCAGUCCCCAGCUUGCCCUGCCUGUGACUAGAGCCAGCUGCCCUCGCCACCCCACGAAGGCUCCCUCGCUCAUCUCUGCGCCCUCCCUGUUCCCAAGGCCCGGGGGCCCAAGAUGGCCUGCCGCUCCUGCGUAGUUGGCUUCAGCAGCCUUAGCAGCUGUGAGGUGACCCCUGCAGGCGGCCCCCGGCCUGGGACCUUGAAAUGGGACAGCUGCGGGGCCCCUCGGUCAGGCUUCAGCUCCUGCAGCCUCACAGGCUGCCGGCCAACUGGCACCAUUCCCAAAGUGACGGUGAACCCCAGCCUGCUGGUGCCCCUAGACUUCAAGUUGGACCCAGCUAUCCAGCAGCAGAAGAACCAGGAAAAGGAGGAGAUGAAGGUCCUCAAUGAUAAAUUUGCCUCCCUGAUUGGCAAGGUGCAGGCCCUGGAGCAGAGGAACCAGCUGCUGGAGACCCGCUGGAGCUUUCUGCAGGGCCAGGGCUCGACUGCCUUUGACCUCGGGCACGUCUAUGAGAAGUAUCAGGACCGGCUGCAGGAGGAACUGCGCAAAGUGAGCCAGGAGCGGGGACAGCUGGAAUCCAACUUGCUGCAGGUGCUGGAGAAGGUUGAGGAGUUUCGGAUCAGGUAUGAAGAUGAGAUUUCCAAGCGCACAGACAUGGAGUUUACCUUCGUCCAGCUAAAGAAGGACCUGGACGCAGAGUGUCUUCGUCGGACCGAACUGGAGACCAAGUUAAAAGGCCUGAAGAGCUUUGUGGAGCUAAUGAAAACCAUCUACGAGCAGGAGCUCAAGGACCUGGCAGUCCAAGUGAAGGACGUUUCGGUGACCAUGGGCAUGGACAGCCGCUGCCACAUCGACCUGAGUGGCAUCGUGGAGGAGGUGAAGGCCCAGUAUGACGCCAUUGCAGCUCGCAGCCUGGAGGAGGCCGAGGCGUACUCCCGGAGCCAGCUGGAGGAGCGGGCCGCCUGCUCGGCUGAGUUUGGGAACAGCCUCCACAGCAGCCGCAGCGAGAUCACUGACCUCAACGUGCGCAUCCAGAAACUCCGAUCCCAGAUCCUCUCCAUCAAGAGCCACUGCCUGAAACUGGAGGAGAACAUCAAGGAGGCUGAGGAGCAGGGUGAGCUGGCCUUCCAGGACGCCAAGGCCAAGCUGGCCCAGCUGGAGGAGGCGCUGCAGCAGGCCAAGAAGGACAUGGCGCGGCAGCUACGCCAGUACCAGGAGCUCAUGAAUACCAAGCUGGCCCUGGACAUUGAGAUCGCCACCUACUGCAAGCUGGUGGAGGGGGAGGAGAGCCGGAUGGACUUGCCUUCAGCCGCCAUGGUCAGCACUAUGCAGUCCAGACCUAGAGCCGUUGCCUCCAGGCACCACCUCACAAGAGCCCCCUCCCAGAAGAAGAAGAAGAACAGCAGAGGCCCUGUGAUCCAAAUCACCGAAAUGUCAGAGAAGUUCCUCUUGCAGGAGUCGGAGGCCUCAGAGUAAGCAGCUGGACCCCAGGAGCCCCACGUCACUCCCCUGCAUCAGGAGGCACUUAAGCCAGACUCAAGGAAGCAGCUUGGGGCCUCUAGGUUGGGAGGGGAGGCAAACCUGAUCCUGAACUGAAAGUUCUAAACAAUGACUUUUGUGGGUGCCAGGGGUGGAACAAGACUGUCACCAACUAUUCAGAGUCGCUCCCCUCCAUGUUAGUAUCUCACAAUUCCAACCCUCUGGCCAGUAGUUUCCCGACUAGGUAAACUGGAUUUGGGGUCA